AUGCAGCGCCUUGUGCGCGCCGCAGGCACCGCGUGCAGGCCUCUGGCGGAGGCCGCCCCCUUUUCCGGGGGCAUCUUCGCGCAGCGGGCCCUGCCGGGGCGCUGCGGGGCGGACGCUGGAGCCGUCUCGCACUCACCGUUCGCGCGCGGGGCCCAGGGGCUGCGGUUCGCGACGGCUGCGGCUGCCGCUGAGACACAAGGAAGGGCAGCCAGCAAUCGAGGAAUUCCUAUCUGGCUGCUUGGGUUCCCAGCGGUGGUGUGCGCGGGUCUGGGCACGUGGCAGCUGCAGCGCAAGGGCUGGAAGGAGGAGCUGCUCAGGAACGUCGCCGCCCGCAUCCACCAGCCGGCGGUCUCUCUCAAGGACCUGGACAGUACCCCGGAGGAGUUCACCCGCGUCAGGGUCCGCGGGCGCGUCCGACACGACACCACGGCCCUCGUCGGGCCGCGUCCGCGCACGAUCGACGGCCGCACGCGCAUCGGGUACACCGUCGUCGCUGCGAUGGACGACGCGGACAGUGGUGUCAGCUUGCUAGUCAACAGAGGGUGGGUUCCCGCUGACGUGGCUCAGGACCCCGCUCGCAAGGGGGAGUGGCAGCCCGCGGGCGUCGUCGAGGUGGAGGGGCUCGUGCGCGGCAGCGAGGACCCGGGGCGUUCCGGGGUCGCCAACGACGUGGGAGCGCAGCAGUGGCACUAUAUUGAUGUGCCGUUGCUGGCGCAGGCGAUGGGGCUGCACGAGUCGACGCCGAUGGUGGAGGUGGUGCGGGAGGGCGGGUACGUGGAGGAGCGGCCGAACACCGGCAUGGGGGCGUUGAAGGGUCGGACGGGGCGGGACGCCGGGGGGGAGCGAGGCGACAUGUCGCUGCCCGUCGUGCGCGCGCCGGAGGCAUUCGAGAGCCACGCGGUGAUGCCAGUCGACCAUUUGGGAUACGCGUUCACUUGGUUCGGCUUGUCUGUUUCGGCGAUCGGCAUGGCUGCGGUGCACCGGUACGCGCGUAGCCGUCGCAGCCGGCUCAAGGGCGGCCCGAUGGGCCUCGGGAAACGGCCCACGUUCCGCGUGUGA